CUACGACCAUCACACCCGCUCACGGCUUAGUAGGAUCGAAAAUGCAGGACUUACACGCUCAAAAUAAAGAAGAGCUCAAUUGGAACGCUCAGGGCUUCGCUCCGAAUAACAAAAAGCUCGAGGAGUAUACUGAACCACCGCAUUUAAUCUUUAGCAGUGCCGAAGAGCUGGUAGAACACGAUCCUCGCCUAAGCGGAUGUAAUGUUGACCAGAACUUUUUCCGUCUUGCAUGCCACCAUGUAAGAAAAGACUCUAACGGUCUAUUCGGCUGCCGCACGACUCUAGAAAACGGAAAAAAGGUUUUAAAGCAUGACUCGUGGUGUUGCUUCAAGAUUAAACAGGUUCGAAAAAGUUACCACGUUGGACAUUCGGCACGGGAUAUACUCUACGAUUGGCAGCAGCCGAGCAUCUACAUUUCCUGGAAUUCAAGGGAUAAAAUCACCUUAAUUCUAUGCAUCGACACCCCAAACGAGCUGCGUGUAGCUAUACAGGAUACUUGGGAUCAAAACCUUACCGAACGAAAUGACCCUUACAAAUGGUAUUGUCUUAUAAUUGACAGCCUCACGGAUCUAUACGAUACAUCUGUGUGGAAGUUGAGAGACUUAGUCCGGGAGGAUGUUGAAAAGAGACGAUCCCCAGAAUCGAUCGAUUUCCAACGGAUCCACGAGAUUGCAAGGCACAUUAUUCAUUCGAAUGAAACCCUUGAAGUCGCCUUGGAUACUCUUAACGGUAUUCAGCAAGCAUACGAGCUAUUUAGCAAAGAUUCUUCCAGCUCAACGGAACAAGAAAUGGAAUUUUCGUUCCGCUAUACACAGCUGGAACUUUCACGGCUUCGAAGAACUAUUAAAGCCAGCUUCCUGCGCUCCCGGUCAUUAAGUGAUCGUAUCCACAAUGAAAUUAAUCUCGCAUAUAACCUCGUCAACCAGAGAGAUAGCUUCUUGAUGAAGACGAUCGCUGUGAUGACAUUAAUAUACCUUCCUGGAUCAUAUAUUGCGUCUAUCUUCGGCAUGAACUUCUUCGAUUUCUCGUCCUCGAGCGGGCUCAUUCUUUCGGACAAGUUCUGGAUUUACUGGGUGCUUACAGCAAUUAUGACCCUGCUCACCAUUGGCAUAUGGAUGCUGUGGCAAAGCCAACGUGAGCAUACGCAAAAGGCUUCUACGCAUGUAGGAAUGCCAAACAGCCAACCAUCCCUUGUCUCGAGAAGGUUUACGUGGAUUGGUACAGAAUGGCGCUCUGCGUUCAGAGUGAAAACAAAGAAUAUUGUGUAGUUGGGAAGAGGGUAUUAAGGCGGAAGAGAAGUAAUGUUCGGCAAGGUAGAGUACAAAGUAGUUUUUCGGAGAGGAUACGGCGGCCAAGUAGCAUGCGCGGUCGAGAAGCACGAACGGGUAGAAGCUGUGCAGUGACAGGAGCGAAAGGAGACUAAGAUAUUAGUAAAGGCUGAAAAUGCAGAAGUAGAGGAACGGCGGAAGUCCAGGGACGAUCUCGGGCUAACUGGCUCCGCAAAAAGACCUUCUAGGAGUGAGCGAACCAGCCUCCUUCGCGCGGAA